AGGGAGGGAGACAAAUGGUGAGGGGUCGGUGAGCUUCCCUGUGGCGCACAAUGUGACUGGUGACAAUCCCUUGUUUCGCAAAAAGGGUGGGAGAGAGAGAGAGAGACAGAGGAGAGCGGAAGAUGAACACAAACAUGCCAGGUAGAGAUGUGAGAAGGGAGCUGCGCGCACUCUCCUGAUUCAGCGGAACGGAUUUAUUCGUCACCUCUACCCCUGCAGCCUUUUUACGCAGCGAGCCUGCUGCAAAACACGGAGGGAAAUCCUAAACCAAGCAGCAGUCUUCAAUCCGCUGCGUGGAUUAACAGCUCUGUUACAACUCGCUUUCAGUUGCUGGGUUCCCGCCGAAGCUGAGAUCCACCAGCGGAGAGCGCAGAGGAUGGAGACGCCACAGAGCGACCGCUGCAUUGAGGAUGCGCCAACAGGGAAACUGCGGGACAAAUAGGGAGCCUAAAAGAAGAGCCGUGUGUUACUGCGCGUCUAUCUUGGGGAGCCCCCCUCCUCCUACGGGGAGAUGUUCAUCAUUAUGGGAUAGAUGCGCGGGUCUGAUCGUUGCCAUGGAUACAAGCACGCGUAAAUUUACAGUGCGGAGAUGGUUUUCCAUCUACCUGAAGAACAAAGCAGCGCGGAACAAGAACAGCGCCGGGUUCUGUCAGCUGGAGGACGACAGUGUACUUAAAGAGAUUGACAUCAGCCACCAUGUUAAGGAAGGCUGUGAGAAAGCAGACCCGUCUCAGUUCCAGUUAUUGAAGGUGCUCGGACAAGGAUCCUAUGGAAAGGUGUUCCUGGUUAGAAAGAUCAGAGGAGCGGACAGAGGACAGCUCUACGCCAUGAAGGUCCUGAAAAAAGCAACUCUAAAAGUGCGGGACAGAGUCCGGUCAAAGAUGGAAAGAGACAUUCUGGCAGAAGUUAAUCACCCUUUUAUUGUUAAACUCCACUAUGCCUUUCAGACAGAAGGAAAGCUCUAUUUGAUCCUGGACUUCCUUAGAGGUGGAGAUCUUUUCACUCGCCUAUCCAAGGAGGUAAUGUUUACAGAGGAGGAUGUGAAGUUUUACCUUGCAGAGUUGGCCCUGGCCCUGGACCACCUACACAGUCUGGGGAUAAUCUACAGAGACCUUAAGCCUGAAAAUAUUCUCCUGGAUGAGGAGGGACACAUAAAGAUCACAGACUUUGGAUUGAGUAAGGAAGCCAUUGACCAUGAUAAACGAGCAUACUCUUUCUGUGGGACCAUUGAGUACAUGGCUCCUGAGGUGGUAAACAGGAGAGGACACACACAAAGUGCUGACUGGUGGUCCUUUGGAGUCCUGAUGUUUGAAAUGUUGACUGGAUCUUUGCCGUUCCAAGGAAAAGAUCGGAAGGAAACAAUGGCGCUUAUUUUAAAGGCAAAGCUUGGAAUGCCACAGUUCCUCAGCCCCGAAGUGCAGAGUUUAUUGAGAGCACUCUUCAAGAGGAAUCCUGCCAAUCGUCUAGGAGCCGGACCAGACGGAGUGGAAGAAAUUAAAAGACACCGCUUCUUUGCAUCGAUUGACUGGAAUAAGCUGUACAGGAAAGAGAUGAGGCCUCCAUUCAAACCGACUGUCGGAAGACCUGAAGACACUUUCCAUUUUGAUCCCGAGUUCACCUCCAGAACGCCAACAGAUUCUCCAGGGAUUCCUCCAAGUGCAAACACACAUCAGCUGUUUCGUGGUUUCAGCUUUGUGGCCACUAAUCAAACUCAAGAGGCCACUGUUGCUCCUGUCGUUCCUUCCCGGCAGGAAGUGAACAUUAACCCCAUAGCGCAACACAUCCGCAGCGACGUGGCUUUCAAAGAUACGUAUGAACUGAAGGAAGAAGUCGAACAGUCAGGACCCUUUGUCCGCAAAAGAUGCCUGCACAGAAUUACUGCUGUGGAGUAUUCGGUGAAGAUUAUUGACAGAGCCAAAAAAGAUCCAUCAGAGGAGAUUGAAAUCCUUUUACGAUAUGGACAGCAUCCAAAUAUAAUUACCUUGAGAGAUGUCUUUGACGAUGGCCAAUGUGUUUUCUUGGUUCUUGACGUAAUGCGAGGAAAUGAGCUCCUGGACAAAGUUCUGAGGCUGCCAAAUUUCACAGAGAGGGAUGCAUCAGACAUUAUCUGCACACUGUCCAAGACUGUAGAGUAUCUACACUCCCAGGGGGUUGUUCACCGAGACCUGAAGCCCAGCAACAUUCGCUAUGCCGAUGAGGCUGGACUCCCAGAAUCCAUCAGGAUAUGCGACUUUGGUUUUGCCAAACAGCUCCGUGCUGAAAAUGGCUUACUGAUGACUCCAUGUUACACAGCCACGUUCAUGGCUCCUGAGGUUUUAAGGAAACAGGGUUACGAUGCAGCCUGUGACAUCUGGAGCCUGGGGAUCCUCCUGUACACAAUGAUAGCUGGUUUCAGCCCAUUUGCCAGCAGCCCUAAUGACACCGCAGAGGAGAUCCUGGCUCAGAUUGGAAGCGGGAAAGUUGUCAUCACAGGAGGGAACUGGGACUUGGUGUCUGAAGCUGCCAAGGACAUUGUGAUAAAGAUGCUCCAUGUGGAUCCUCACCAGCGUCUUACUGCCCCACAGGUUCUUCGGCACCCGUGGAUCGUAGAGAAAGAGCAGCUUUCUGACAAACCUCUCGCCAGGCAGGAUGCUCUCACUGUCAAGGGGGCGCUGUUUGCCACAUAUUCUGCUCUGAAGCGAUGCGCUCCUGCUCCAGUCCUGGAACCAGUGCAGUCCUCCAGUCUGGCUCAGCGAAGGGGGAUGAAGAAGCUGGGCAGUUCAAGUGUCACUUCGGAACCUAAAGAAAAGGAAUAACUUUAAUACUGGAAACGAAAGGCGGACGGGGAACUUAAUGAAGACCUGCAUCGACAAGAGACUCACGUUCUGACAAGCACAAAAUUAUGCCUAAUUAACACUAAAGUGGCAUCAAGAUUGACUUGGUUCUCAGUGCAAUUUCCAAACUGUAUCAAAAUGAGCUAAUUUUACACUGUGACAUAACACUUAUUAUGCAUGUCUUCAUACAGAACUUUUCUCUAUGAUCACAAUAAAGUGGCUUUAGUGGAGACAAUUCAAUUUUAACAUGCAGAUGCCUUCAUAGAUCCUUUGGAUCUUUCUGACCUGUCUUGUAGCCAUUUCAUACUUAAUUCAAAAAAACAGCCCCUUUCAUGGAGCAAGCCCCCCAUUCAAUUACAAUACACAAGUACUCAUUUGAGUCCGAGCAAACCUAAAGGAGAGGCCGUCAAGGAGGGAAUACUUUUGUGCAAUAAACUCUGUGCAAUACACCCAGCUUAACUGGAACUGCCUUGGUUUACACGCAACUUAAAAUAAGAAGAAUGGACUGGGAAAUGAAAAUGAAAAUCUCUUUUUGGUGCCACAAAAAACACACAGUAGACAAUUCUUUCAAGAUUUUUUUUUUUUUUAGCUUAUAUUUUGACUCAAUGUGGCACUCAUUACAGCAAUACUUUUCUUCCAUUCUUUUGGGAGUUUAGCAUGAAAAUGUAAAAAAAAA